AUGACCGAACAUGAGCCGGAUAUGCCGUUGACGGCCGCAUCGGAGACUGCCCACUCGCCCGCCGAGUCGUCAGAGCCAACAGGAAGGAAAAUAAACUCUGCCGAGGACAAGGUAGAAGACGGGCGGGGUGAUGGUGAUGGUGACAAGCAAGAAGGUGAGAGUGGGUUUGAGGAAGGAGGGGAAGAAGAAGAAGAAGAAGAGAAGGAAGAAGACAAGAACAACUCUGAAGGGCCACCAUUGCCGGACGAGGAGGUUCCGCCACUUCCUGAUGAAGCGCCUCCAGGCCAGGGGGUGGAGGGUGCUGGCUCUGAUGAUGGAUGGGAGCCUGUCUGGGAUGGGAACGCUCAAGCAUAUUAUUUCUACAACCGGAUUACCGGUGUAUCGCAAUGGGAAAACCCCCGUGUGCCAGCAGCGUCGGCGGCAGGUCUCGCGGCCGGGGAAGGACGACAGCAGCGAGAACAACACACUGCGAUUGUGGGUGGCUACAAUCCUGCUAUCCAUGGCGACUACGACCCCACAGCUCCAUAUGCGCAGCAAUAUGAGCCAGAUACACAGGUGCAAGUGACCAGUGGAAAUUUAGACUAUUCAGCUACAGGGACCUUCAAUCGGUUCACAGGCAGGUGGCAAGACGCGACGCUGGCGCCGGAGAAUUUCAACGAUGAGAACAAGUCUCGACGGCAGAUGCACGCCUACUUCGACGUCGAUGCCGCCGCCAACAGUCACGAUGGCAGAAGCCUCAAGGCCGAACGCAGUGGUAAGAAGCUCAGCAAGGCAGAAGUGAAAGCUUUUCGCGAGAAGAGGAGAGAACGGAAGGAGGAAAAGCGGCGAGCUUGGUUACGAGAUUGA